AUGGUUGCAAUCCCGACGACUUUCAAGUUAUUGCUGUUAUUAGUUUACUCCGUGGAAAUGCAAAUUAUUGAAGAUGUCAACAAGAGCGGUGGAAUUGAAUUACAUGGAAGAAAUGAAAUAUUGUCGAGGAAAAAAAGAUUCAUCAUAUUCCCCGAAGGAAGCUCUUUCCAGCUUGUAUUUUGUACGACAUUUCCAUUGGUAUCACCGAUCGGAGAUAUUGUUCUGUGGGGAUACACAGCGGCCUUAGCCUGGGAAUUACCUCAGGAUCCGUAUUCACCGUUCGAUCAUCACGCCGACCCUUUGCAUAGGCGAAUGGAUUCCAAAGUCGUGUAUUACACGGACGAAGAUGGAAAAGUUAUAUACAGAAGGCCUUACAAGAGGAAAGCUAUCGUGAAUCCUGCAUUCGCGAAACGAAGCGUCGACGUGGACGCAUCGCAAAUAGAAAAAGAGAAAUACGGAAUAGACAGGAAACAGAUGCAUGCCUCGAAAAACAGGCGCGCGAUUUUGAAUAGCACCGACUAUGAGCAACAGACCGUUGAAUUCCACAGGACCAGUCGCGUAUCGCUCUACCAGAAAAUUGAGACAAUGCUUCAAGGACUCGGAGCCAAUGGCAAACACUGCAUGUUGAAGACAUUAUGUAUAGUGGGGAAGACAAAUGACCAUCCCCAAGGAGCUUUCUUACAGGAGAUACUGAGGGCCGUGUUCACGUUACCACAGGGAGGUUCGGAUGAAUUUCAAAAAGAAUAUGAAGCAGCACACUAUGCGAAAGAAUCCUGCGAUGAGUUGUAUCCAGAUUGUGACCAAACUGUUCUGGAAGCUAAUUAUCCUACGUUGAGCUAUUGA